AUGUCUGUGUUCCACAAUGGUAGACUGCGCACCAUGAAAGCUCACUACACAGUCAAGGAGGAGGACCUGAGGGUGGUCCGACCAUUCGCAUACGUCAGAGAGAAGGACUUGAGGAAUUUUGCAGAGUCUCGCAAGCUGCCAGUCAUCCCAGAGAACUGCCCAGCAUGCUUUGAGGCCCCCAAGGAACGGCAGAGGGUGAAACAGGUGUUGGCCCAGCAGGAGGUUCUGUUCCCUGGCCUGUACUGGUCCCUGCGCUCAGCCCUGCAUCCUGUCAUGGCCAUCAGCCGCACUGGUGUUGAGUCCACAGUGUUUGGCAAGAACGGUGUCCUGGCCACCUCAGGGAACAACAAGGCUCUCCCUCAGCACGAUCCAGAGGAGGACGAAGAGGAAACUUAA